AUGUCGAUAGAUAUACGACAUUUAAGAGAUUCAAUAUCUGAGAAUUGUUCUAUAUAUGCAUUAACCUCGGGGACUAUUGCAUUUCAAGAUUAUCAUAAUCACUCAUGGUCCCAAAAUUAUACUAAAUAUUUCCUCCCAGCAUACUACUUAACCAACUGCAGUAUUGCAGACUUGACGGACAUAUCAUUACUCAAUAAUUUGCAUUCAUAUAAUUUAACCAAAUGGGAAUAUGGCCAACGGUAUCAUACGUAUGACAAGACCGACAAUGGAGAUGCGUUUGUCGCUUUGUUAUUUACUAUUAGUGGGACAUGCGUUUCCUGUUGGAUGUUAACAUUAUUGAUGUACUUAUCGCCAAAACAUAAGAGAAAGCCGUGGCUUACUCAGCUUGCUACGGUCUUUUAUUCUAUUUUGACCACCGUAAUUUUAAGCUAUAUUACUGAUGAAAGUAAAAUGCAAUACUACGCCGAUUCGUUGAAUUUAAUACAGCUUCACAAUCUGGUAUACGUGAGUUACUCGUAUAGAGUAAUGGUGGUUUUUUCCCAAUUUUUCACUAAUUUGGCAUGGUUACAAAUUGUUGUCCAUGUAUCAAAGUUAAAAUUUAAGUGGUAUAGCAUGCUUGUAAACCUAAUAUUAAUGUUGGCAUACACAGUGACACAUUCCAUCUACGAAGCGAGGUACAAUAAUGAUGACUUAAUAUUCAAUACCACCCUUGACUCUCCUUAUCAGAGAUGGAGAUUAGCAAUCCACAUUUUGAAACUUCUAAUAAUGAUAUGGUUUGCAGCAUCGAUACUUUAUUACACUACAAUUAUCAAAAAUCCUAGAAAAAUAUGCUAUUCGAAGAAGCUAUUUCCAUUAGCGAUCUCUUCUCUAUCGUUGUUUGUUAUCCAUAUUGUGGCUAAUGUUCUUUCAAUGAGUUUGUUUCUAAAAGAUUGGCAAGUGAGGUCGUGGUUAAUUCUAAUUUCGUACUUGAUAGAAAUUGGAAUACUAACUGCAAUAUGGGAAUGGGUUUACGGCAUCGAAUUUUUGGAGAAGAGAUAUGAGAUAAUGGGCAUGCUUGGAAGAAGGAUUAGUUUGAAUGAUGUGAUUAGCUUCAACCUGUAUGGCAACAACGAACAACCCGAAAAACCGGACAAACCUAAGCAAUUCAUAAACUUCUUAAUGAAAAAAAUCUUCAGAAAUAAAUAUUUCGACCACAUGGAAUAUGCAGAGGAAGUGAACAAUAAAGACGCCGUAGAAUCGUCUCGAAGUCUUGAAUCUGAUCUUAUGCAGCACCAGAAUAUGGAUGUCGCUGACACCCAAGCAUUGCAUCUGCCAAAUACAAACGUUAAUAAUGUGAACUCUACACACAAUACCGAGAACAAUAACAUCAUUUCAGCGGAGGAUGAAGAUAUUAUCGAUAUUCACUCGAAUCAAAGCUCUGGUAGCUAUGAAGACGUGUAUAUUGACGACUACCACUUCUCAGAUGACGAACAUAAUACCACUUCUUCAAAUACAGAUGAACGACUCGAACAUCCGCAAAACAACCCACCUCCCUUCCUUCCACUCCCUGGCUUCAGUCAUAAUGAUUAUUGGCCUGACGAAAAGUAA